AUGUGUUGUAGGAAUGGUCUUUUUUUUUUGCUGGGUGGUGCAGAAAAUGAAGUGUGUGUUGACGCCGGUGAAAUUCCUCAAAGUGAAGAAGAUUGGAAAAAGGUAGCUCAUGAAUUUCAAGAAAAAUGGCAAUUCCCACACUGCCUCGGUGCGGUCGAUGGAAAGCAUGUUCAAAUAAAAAAACCGGCAAAUUCAGGCUCUCGGUACUUCAAUUACAAAGGUACUUUUAGCGUCGUAUUAAUGGCUGUAGUUGACGCUAAUUACGAAAUUUUAAUGGCUGAUGUGGGAAAAAAUGGAAGAAUUUCGGAUGGAGGCGUAAUUAAAAAUACAUCUUUCUACAACAGUCUUAUAAAAGGUGAACUAAACAUUCCACCUCCUGAACGCCUUCCAGGAAGCAACAAGACUGCUCCAUAUGUUUUCAUUUCGGAUGAGGCUUUUCAGUUGACGGAUAAUUUCAUGAAACCAUAUGCUUUGUCUGUGCUCAAUAAUGAAAGACGCAUUUAUAACUAUCGUCUAUCGAGAGCAAGGAGGGUCGUUGAGAAUUUUUUUGGAAUUCUAGUAUCUAGGUUCGCAGUUCUUGGAAAACCCAUCAAUCUACGACCAACAAAAGUAAAUGCCAUAGUUCUAGCUUGUUGUUAUUUACAUAAUUUUCUUAGAAGACAUUCCAGUGAUUAUGUCAACAAUCAACAUGCAACCUCUCAAAGUUCACAAGGAAUAGGAUUGGAUGGGCAUGUAUAUGGUAUGAGAAGCAGCAGCAGUUCAGCUUCUUCUACAACAGCGAAAGUACAUCGCGAUACUUUCUGUAGUUACUUCAAUAACGAAGGAAAAGUUGAAUGGCAAGAUAAAAUUUAA